AUGAUGAGAUUCCUUCUACAACACGCAAAGCGUUACGUGAUUCGCUCCACAAGAACGCAAUCACUCCACACGGAGGCUAACCAAUCAUUGCAGAAUCAAAUCGCAGAAGCUCUUGAACGAAACGCAGAAAUCAUCCCGGUGCUUAAACAAUGGCGGCAACAAGGGAAUCAAGUAAACCCUUCGCAAGUGAGAGUCAUCAUCAAACACCUUCGUGAUUCCAAGCAGUCUCUCCAAGCCCUUCAGGUCUCAGAGUGGAUGAGUGAAGAAAAGAUGUGCAAUCCAACUCCAGAAGAUUUCGCAGCUCGGCUUCAUCUCAUAGAUAACGUUAUGGGGUUAGAAAAAGCAGAGAAGUUUUUCGAAAGUAUUCCUAAGAUCGCAAGAGACGAUUCUGUCUACACCAGUCUUUUAACCUCUUACGCAAGAUCAGACAAAACUCUGUCUAAAACCGAAGCCACGUUCCAGAACAUGAGGGAGUUUGGUCUUCUCUCGAGACCUUCUCCUUACAACGCGAUGAUGUCCCUCUACGCUUCACUACAAGAUCGAGAUAAAGUUGAGGAGCUUUUGCGUGAGAUGAAAGAUAACGGCGUGGAGGCAGAUAGUGUCACUGUGAACCAAGUGUUGAAGAUAUACUCGGCUUUGUCCGACGUGGCUGAGAUGGAGAAGUUUUUUAAUGAGUGGAAAUUUGUUCAUGGGUUCAAACUUGAGUGGCUCACGGCUCUUGACAUGGCAAAGGCUUACUUGAGAGACAGUUCAAGAGAAAAAGCUAUACAAAAGCUGAGGUUGACAGAGAAAUUGGUGGAUCAAGAGUCGCUAAAACCCGCUUACGAGCUUCUCUUGAAGCUGUAUGGUGAAGCUGGAGAGAAAGAAGAGGUUUUGCGUAUAUGGAACCUUUACGAGAAGAAGAUAGAACAAUGUGAUAACAAUGGAUAUAGAAAUGUGAUUUGGUCGCUUUUAAAGCUAGACGAUAUAGUUGAGGCAGAAGAGAUUUACAAAAUGUGGGAAUCUUUGCCUCUUGAGUUUGAUAUCCGAAUCCCGACUAUGUUGGCCUCUGGUUAUCGAGAGAGAGGAAUGAUAAAGAUGGCUGAGAAACUCAUGAACAAUAGAACCAUCAAGAACAAGAGAAUGAAGAAACCUAUCACCCCGAUUUUGGAGCAAUGGGGAGAUACGAUGAAACAAUCUGAUCUCAAAUGCCUCAUCAAGAGUCUCCGUGAUUCCAAUCAGUUUUCUAAAGCCCUUCAGGUUUCUGAGUGGAUGGGUGAAAAAAAAGUUUGUAAUCUUUAUUCAGAAGAUUAUGCAGCUCGGCUUUAUCUGACUGAAAAUGUUCUUGGUUUGGAAGAAGCAGAGAAGUUCUUUGAAAACAUCCCUGAGAACAUGAAGGAUUACUCUGUCUACGCAACUCUCUUAAGCUCUUACGCCAAAUCCGACAAAAACUUAGGUAAAGCUGAGGCCACUUUCAAGAAGAUGAGAGAGCUCGGUCUCCUUUUGAAACCUUCACCAUUCAACUCGAUGCUGUCUCUCUACAGUAACAAAAAGAUGGCCAAGAAGAUCCUCCGUGAGAUGGAAGAGAACAACGUGGAUCCUGAUAGUCUCAUGGUGAACAAGGUUUUGAGGGUGUACGCGGCUGAAUCAGAAGUUGAAGCAAUGGAGAAGUUUGCGAGACUUUGGGGUGGAGAAGAUGGAAUCAAACUGGAAAGAGGCACGAUGGUUGCAAUGGCAAAGGCUUAUGCUAAAGCUGGUUUGAAAAAAAAGGCUAUAGAGACGUAUGGUUACGUAGCAGGGUGUAAAAGAGAAGUGUACCGUCUAUGGAAUGAAUGUAGAAAGGAAGAAAAAGAGGAGGUUCAUGAUGAAAAUCUUUGGGGAGAGUGUAAGAAGGACGAGAAAGCAGAAGAUGAUUUAUAUCGAACUGUGAUUAGCUCUUUGUUGAAGCUGGAAGAUGUGGAAGGAGCAGAGAAUGUAUAUGGAGAGUGGAAACCGAAUGGACCGAAGCUGGAUUUGAGCAUACCGGGUCUGCUGAUUUCUCGGUUUUACGCAGAAGGUGAUGCCUUGAAGGUUAAGGAAUUGGUAACGUCGAUCACAGAGAAGAGGAUUGGGAUGCAUUUCAGGAUGGUGAAGGCUUUUGCAUUCAAGGUCGUGAGACGUGUUGCUUUUUGUGGGGCCUUCUUUUGUCUCUUUAUCAUAGUUUACAUCGGGAAAUACCCAUGCUGGCUAAUUUUAUGGUUAUAA